GGAAACUGCAGCCGAGGAAAAUACUGAACAAAGCCAAGAGAGAAAAGAUUCACUGUCGUAAAAAGGCCUUCCCAGAAGUAUUGGAAGACGUCCAUCCACUUGCUGCUCCCAUCUCCACAUCUGCUGGGUGAACAGCAGAGCUGAAAUGGAAAUUGGCAGGUACCACUGGAUGUACCCAGGCUCAAAGAACCGCCAGUACCAUCCCGUGCCAACCCUGGGGGACAGGGCUAGCCCCUUGAGCAGUCCAGGUUGCUUCGAGUGCUGCAUCAAGUGUCUGGGAGGAGUCCCCUAUGCCUCUCUGGUGGCCACCAUCCUCUGCUUCUCCGGGGUCGCCUUAUUCUGUGGCUGUGGACAUGUGGCUCUGGCGGGCACUGUGGCGAUUCUUGAGCAACACUUCUCCACCAACACCAGUGACCAUGCCUUGCUGAGUGAGGUAAUCCAACUGAUGCAGUAUGUCAUCUAUGGAAUUGCGUCCUUUUUCUUCUUGUAUGGGAUCAUUCUGUUGGCUGAAGGCUUUUACACCACGAGCGCAGUGAAAGAACUGCACGGGGAGUUUAAAACCACAGCCUGCGGCCGAUGCAUCAGUGGAAUGUUUGUCUUCCUUACCUACGUGCUGGGAGUGGCCUGGCUUGGCGUGUUUGGUUUCUCUGCGGUGCCUGUGUUUAUGUUCUACAACAUAUGGUCAACUUGUGAAGUCAUCAAGUCACCCCAGACCAACGGGACAGCCGGUGUGGAACAGAUCUGCGUGGAUAUCCGACAAUAUGGUAUCAUUCCUUGGAAUGCUUUCCCAGGAAAAAUAUGCGGCUCCGCCCUAGAGAACAUCUGCAACACAAAUGAGUUCUACAUGUCCUACCACCUGUUCAUUGUGGCCUGUGCUGGAGCUGGUGCCACCGUCAUUGCCCUGAUCCACUUCCUCAUGAUACUGUCUUCUAACUGGGCUUACUUAAAGGAUGCCAGCAAAAUGCAGGCUUACCAGGAUAUCAAAGCAAAGGAAGAACAGGAACUGCAAGAUAUCCAGUCCCGGUCAAAAGAACAACUCAAUUCUUAUACAUAAAUGUUUGCCAGAGUGCUUCUGCCGACGCAUUGACAGCUCUGACAAAUCAUCAGACAGCUGCUCUGCGGUACAGAUGUUUCCCGCCAACAAUUUCAUGUAGAACUGCAAACACUUCACUGUCUGUCGCAAGCUGCUGGGAUGUAUUUCUAGGAAAACCUUCCAGUAGGUAAACCUUUUUCUUUAGAACAGAUAUUGGAGAAUACGUUAGCCAUUUUAAAAGGCAACACUCUUGACAAAAUGAUUGCUCAUCUUUUUGAAAUUUGUGGCAUGUUCACAUUUAUUGCUAGAGCAAUCCUUCCAAGAUAGGCACUGAGAAUAUGGCAUACUCCUUGAUAGGGGCCCAUGAUAUACCAGCAUCAAGGAAUGUGACCAUAAAUUCAUGUAUGCCAUCUGUCCUCAAAUAGAUGUAUCUAAUAGGAAAUAAAAUGGAAUUGGUGCGAAAUUCCAUUUCUGACAGCUGACAUUUAUUAAACUGUGGCUCAUCAAAGAUAAUGUGAUUCUUACAACUGACAAGGACACAGUAAUCUCAUAAUCCAAUCAAAAUCGUUUUUUCAAUAAUGCUAAAAUGUGCUACUACAAUUCUGCUAUACCUACCAUAAAAGAAGCUGAAAUCUGACUCAUUGACAAGCUUUCUGGAAUCAAUUUUAUAAAAGACCUCAUUUCAAUAAAAUGGCCCACUUGUUGUCAUUCUUGGGAAAUAAAUGUCAGCUCUGCCUUAAUGAGUAUUUGCUGUAAAUUUCUAAGAACUUAUAUCACAACGGGAGACCCAAAAUCCUUCACAGAAUUUUUUUCCACAAACAUUUUUCUUAAUUAAGAAGUGUUACCUUAUUAAAAUGACCACCAUUCUAAACCAUUUUUAUGUGGUCUGAAAAGUGAGUUUACAGUUUCAUACCAACUAUCUAUAACCUAAUUACAAAUAGACCACAGACCUCCUACUUUUAUAGACUUGAAUACUUAAGUAAUUUAAACUAGGGUAGGUAUUUAUUUCACCUUUUCUUAUCUAAGUCUUAGUUUCCUGGAAUAAUAGAAGUUCGAUGUUCAGCAAAAACAAAAC